GUUAAGGUAAAGCUUCGUUGUUCCCAUUUCCACCAGAGAAAAGAAAGAGAUGGCGGCCCGCUGCUUCUGGACCAGCGGCAGCUGUUCCGGCAGCGGCGCAAGCCCACUCCGCCGUUCGCCAGCGAUUCCGGAAUUUCAUACCCAAAUUCUAUUCUCGUCCUCACAUCAUCAUCUUCCUAUUUUAGCGAUUAAUUCUUCUUCUUCUUCUUCUUCUUCUUCUUCUUCUCGUUUCACUGGAGGCUGCAGAAACCUCAACCCAUACACACACCUUCGCUCCCGCCUGUUCGCUCAGCUUCCGCCGCAAUCCGACCCGCCUCCCGAUAACGAAUCGCUCACACUCGGAGGUUUAGUGGAUGGUAUAUCUAGAUUCCAGGAAAGGGCUCAGAUAUUCUUUGCGGUAUUUGUAUGGAUGUCUCUCUUCUUCUGGUAUUCAGCUUGGGAUGGCAGGAAUAAAGGCGGCGGCGGCGGUAUGUCCAACAAAAGAUCCCGAUCUCCAUUCAAAAGAUGAAACCCAGAACCAGCUUAUCAAAGCAUUCGACUGUAUUUUGCGGCUUGUGUAUAUAUAUGUGUGUACUAGUUGUAAAAGGAAAAAUGUGAAAUCACUGUAGCCAGACAUUUGCUGCUUUAAGGAUUGUAAAUUAAUACUAGAGAUAUCAGAACACAUUGCACCAGCGAAAUCGAUGGAUGUUUGGU